AAAAGAACGGUGCUGCGCUUGGAUAACGAAAUGGAUGAAUACAGCAGGCUAAGCAGCGUCUCGGGAGCACAGAGCUGACGUUUCGGGCCUGGACCCUUCAUCAGAGAGGAGUUGGGAUUGAAAGCGGUUCAUUGAGUGACCAGUCAACCAAGCAUGAGCGGCUGUGGCGGUAUCCUGAUCCGCGGCGGAACGGUGGUGAACGAGGACAGCUCGGUGUUGGCUGAUAUCUAUAUUGAGGACGGGCUAAUCCAGGCCGUGGGCUGCCAGCUGCCGCUCCCCGAAGGUAGCCGAGUGAUCAAUGCUACUGGCAAGCUGGUUCUGCCCGGGGGCAUCGACACCCACACACACAUGCAAUUCCCCUUCAUGGGGUAUCAAGCUGUCGACGAUUUUUAUCACGGAACCAAGGCUGCUGUGGCUGGAGGCACUACCAUGAUAUUGGACUUCGUGGUGCCCCACAAAGGUGACUCUUUGUUGGAGGCAUAUGACAAAUGGCGAAGCUGGGCAGAUCCUAAAGUCUGUUGUGAUUACUCAUUCCACGUGGCGGUGACUUGGUGGAGUGAAAAGGUUAAAGACGACAUGGAAAUUCUAGUCAAAGAUAGAGGUGUAAAUUCCUUUAAAAUGUUCAUGGCAUAUAAGGGCGUCUUUAUGCUUCAAGAUGAUGAGCUGUACUCUGUUUUCUGCCGAUGUAAGGAAUUGGGAGCAAUUGCUCAGGUUCAUGCUGAGAAUGGACACUUAAUAGCAGAGGGUGCAAAAAAGAUACUAUCUAGUGGAAUCACUGGCCCUGAAGGUCAUGAACUUUGUCGACCUGAACAGGUGGAGGCUGAAGCCACACAAAGGGCAAUUACUAUUGCCAGUUGCAUUAAUUGUCCACUUUAUAUCGUCCACGUAAUGAGUAAAUCUGCUGCUAAUGUGAUUGUCAAUGCACGGAGAGAAGGCAAGGUUGUCUUUGGGGAACCCAUAGCAGCCAGCCUUGGGACAGAUGGAACUCAUUACUGGGACAAAGACUGGCGCAAAGCAGCAGGAUAUGUCAUGGGACCGCCGCUAAGACCUGAUCCCACAACACCUGGAUAUCUUAUGGACCUGCUAGCCAAUGGUGACCUAACUUUGACAGGAACGGACAACUGCACAUUUAAUGGCUGUCAAAAAGCUUUUGGAAAAGAUGAUUUUACGAAGAUCCCAAAUGGGGUGAAUGGUGUGGAGGACAGAAUGUCCGUCCUUUGGGAGAAAGGAGUGCACUGUGGUAAAAUGGAUGAGAAUAGAUUUGUAGCGGUGACCAGCACUAAUGCAGCAAAGGUCUUUAACUUAUAUCCUAAAAAAGGAAUAGUAGCCAAAGGCUCUGAUGCUGAUAUUGUAAUCUGGGACCCACAUGCUGUCAGGACUAUUUCAGCUAAAACACAUCACCAGCUAGUAGACUUCAACAUUUUUGAAGGCAUGGUGUGCCAUGGGGUCCCUUUGGUUACUAUUUCACGAGGUAAAAUAGUGUAUGAAGAUGGAAUUUUGCAUGUUGUGCCAGGGAACGGGAAAUAUAUUCCACGACAACCCUUUGCAGACUAUGUCUUCAAGAGAAUCAAACAGCGUGAUGAGGUUUGUCAGCCAACACCAGUACAGAGAGAGGCAUAUCAAGGAGAAGUAAUGCCACCGUGUCUAACUACCACAUCCCAGCAUGGUGGAAGAGACCUGCAUCAGUGAAGGUUUAACCUUUCUGGUAAGCCUGCUUAUAAAGAAUCUUCAGAACGGUAAAGAAGACAUGACAUUGCACCUUUCAACGGCAAGUUAUACUACGUUUCUGAGCAGCUUGUUUAAUCUGAAGAUGUCUUGCUCUCAGAAUUUUACUCAAUUACAUGAAAAGUAUUCACAAGAAUCAUAUCAGCCUUUUGUAAAUUACUGCACAUAAUUAACAGAAUAGUAAUAGUCGACUUAAAGGCUAAAUUCUGAGGGGAAGUGCAUACGCUAGACUUGUAUUCUCUGGAAUAUAAAAAAUUAAGGGUGAUCUAAAUUGAAGUAUUUGACAUGAUUAAGAGUUUUAUGAUGGAUAGAGAGAAGUUACUAUCUCUGGUAGAAAUGUCAAGAAUAGUUAAUAUAAUAUUUUAACCUUAGAAUUUAGAGCUGAGCUGUUUAAGGGGAUGCCAGAACGUGGCUCUUACCACAAAAGAUAGUAGAAAUCUGGAAAUCUGACUUAAUCUUUCUCCAGCCAUAGACAAAUUGAAAAUUGCAAAAGUACGAGGCCAGAGAACCAAAAUGGAUAUGAAUCGUAAUCUCUAUAAAUGAUAGAUUGAUAUGGUCUAUGGACAUCGUACGUGGAGCCCAGACUGUUCGACAAACACAGCUCCCUAUGGAACCCCGAUCUCAUAUUUAGAAAAGACCAGAAGAUCGCGGUCGUAGAUGUCACAGUGCGGUACGAGAAUGACAGUAAAGCACUGGAAACAGCAUAGCGUGAGAAAAAGGAAAAGUAUAAACACCUAAAUGCCGAGGUCACGGAAUUGACGGGAGGCGUGGUGCCCAGAUACUUUGGCUUCGUGAUGGGCGCAUGAGGCAAGUGGCUGGAAAUGAUAACCACCUCAUGAAAUUCCUCGGCAUCGAGAGAUAUGACACGUUCGCCCAAAAGACCUCUAGACUCACUUUGUCACUGACAUUCGAACUCUUACAACUCUUCAGUGACAAGUGAGCGAAAACCGCAAACGUUGAGGUAAGAUCCUCCACCGAGACAUAAUACCGACAAAUUUGCCAGUAACAUCAGUAGGGCCCCGCUGAUAAUGACGACGACAACCAGCCUCAUAUAACACCAGUAUCACCUGGUCCUUGGUGUGUGGUGAUGCUAGAGAGUACACAAACAUCGAUAAGCGAUGUAAAGACUCGGAAAAGGCACUCCCCGGAGUGUAGAGCUCUGUAGAGUCUAGGCCCGAAACGUCAGCUUUUGUGCUCCUGAGAUGCUGCUGGGCCUGCUGUGUUCAUCCAGCCUCACAUUUCAUUAAAGUGAACCUGUAAUGUCCUCUGUCAGUAUGAAAACGUCACUGCUGCUAUAACAAAAUAAUUAGAUGAAUGUGAUUUUUUAAAAAAUUAUGAUAUAACAAUUAGAAUCAAAGAACCCCUACAGUGUGGGAGCAGACCAUUUGGCUCAUCAUGUCCACUCUGACCCACAAUUUUAAUUUAGAAAUGUUCAUGCUCUUUUAGUGGAGGGAACAUUUUGAGAGAGCCCUGUCAGAUUAACAGUCCCUACGGUCUUGCAUAUGAACAAAUGCUGUUAGUGCACGGAGAAUGCAACUAGUAUUUUUCUUUGCAUCAACAAACAGGUAUGCAAAUUUAAGCAACAUGUGACCUUAUCUGAAUAAUCUAUUAUUUUUGUGGGGCUUUUUUAAUAUAAAUUUAGUGUGAAAAUUUAAAUGACCAAGUGUUUAAUGUGAUAACACAGCAGGCUUGUCUGAUUAUGGAUUGCCUCAAUCGUAAAUAGCCAAAACAUUAAAAUAAAGCAUGAUGAUUAGUAAGUAAACAGGUUUUACUUCCCUUUAGUGCUGUAGAACAUUAGUUCAUGUGCCAAUCUUGACAAGACCUAAACAUAGGACCAAAAAUAGACUAUUUGGCCUUUACCACCUGUGCUGCCAUUCAUUAUGAUCAUGUUACAUUAGACUCCAACUUCACUUUACCAUAUCCCUUUAUCUUGUGACCAAAGAUUGGUCUAUCCCAACCUAAAUAUAAUUAAUGAAUGAGUAUCCACAACCCUCCUUGGGUGGAUAGUGUUUGAUUAAUUCAUCUGAUUCCCCUGCUGUUUCUAUAUUGUCCUAUAUUAUUGUAAUUCUGUUCAUCAAAAAUUUUUGAAUUGUCAGCAUGAAAUCUCUUUCCCCCAGUCUUUUAAACAACACAUUUGAGAUCAAAACUGGAAAAAAAUUCAUUUCAUUUGCUUUUUAUUAAGGUGUCUGGUAGGAGUUUUUUUUUAGUUUUAUUUUUUAUCUUAACUCUCUAUUUCAAGAAGAAGAAAGCCAUUCUUAAGUCCAGAAUUGUAGAAUGAGUACAUCACAGAAGGCCAUAAUUUGGUCUGCAGUGCCCAUGAUGCAGCACAUUUGCCUAGUCCCGGUUCCAUGCCUUCUUGUACCCUUUCACAUCUUUUUGUUUUCCUUUUCAGACAAUCCAAUUCCCCUUUGAAAGCCUCAAUUCAUCCAGUUUCUAUUACAUUAUCAGACAAUGCAUUCCAGACCCUAGCCAUUUACUGAGAAAGAUUGUCUCCUCAUGCUUCCUUUAGCCAAUCACUUUAAGUCUGUGCCUGUAGUUCUCAGUUCUUUCACAUUUAAGAAGUUACUUCACCUUAACUACACUGUCCAGAUAUCUCGUGAAUUUGAAAACAACUGUCAGAUCUCCUUUUAAAUUAUCAUUUACCCAAGAAAAACAAUCCCAACUUCUCUGGUGUAUCUAUGCUACUGUAGUUCCUUAUCCCCUUGGGUGAAUCUUUUCUACACCACCCCCCCUUAAUGCCUUCACAUCCUUCCUAAAGUCUGGUAUCCAGAACUGGAUGUAUUAUUCCAGUUAAGACCAAACAUGUUUAAACACUAAUAACUGCCAUGUUUUUGUAAUAAAACCACACUGCAGAUACUGGAUAUCUGCACUACAAACAGCAAGUGCCAGAAAUACUCGGAUUUGUCAAUAUGCUACCAGACCUGCCGAGUAUGUCUAGCACUUUUUUUGAUUAGUGCUGCUAUGGGAAAUGCUUAGGAUGCCCUAUGCUUCACUGACUGCACUUUCAACCUGUUCUGUCACCUUUAAUGAUUUAUCCACGUGUACGUUCUAGCCCUGCUCCUGUAACUACAUUGGAAUUUCAUAUUGUGCCUGUUUAUCCUUACAACCAAAAGAACCACUUCACACUUCUCUGCCACCAAUCCAUCGAUGUCCUUUUUUUAAGUUCUAUGCUAUCCUCUGCAUCAAAUUCCUUUUGAGAGUCCUUAUGUACAAUAAGAACAGCAUUACCCUCAUCCGUCCUCUCUACCUCAAAAUCUCAAGCAAGUUCAUUAAACAUGAUUUACUAUUAAACCCAUGCUGGCUUUUCUUUAUUAACCCACAUUCAUCCAAGUGACUUUUAAUUUUGUCUUGAAUUGUCAUUUCUACAAGUUUUCCCAUUUCCAAAUAAACUAGCCUCGGCUUAUUUUUCAAUUUUUUUGAAGAACGUAAGGUUUGCAAUUCUUCAGUCCUUUGUUGUCCCCUGGAGUCUAAAGAAGACUGAAAAUAAUAUUCAAUACAUUUGCAAUUUCCUCUAAUUUUCCCAGAUUAUCAUUGCCUGGAUUUCAUCUGGUCUGGAGCCUACUAAUUUCAGACUAGCUCUAUUGGUUUGACCUCCUCUUUCGCUAUGACUUGGUCGAUAUUUUCCUUGGUGAAGUCAAAUGAAAAAUAUUAGUUGAAUAUGUCAGCUGUACCCCUUGCCUCCAAGUGUAAAAUCUCUUUUUCAGUCCCUAACUGGCCCCGUUACUCUUUUUUUGCUAUUUAUGUCUACAAGACUUCUGGAUUCCCUUUCAUGUUAGUUCUAAGUCUCUUCUCACACUUCCUCUUUGCUUCCCUCAUUUGCUUUUACAAUUCCCCUGUAAACUUUCCAUAUUCAGUCUCGUCCUAAAUUGUAUUGUCCACCUGGCAUAUGUUAUUGGCACACCCUUUCUGCCUUAUACUCUGUCUUGCAGGGGAAUCUGGAUUUGUUUACUCUCCCUUUAGGAAGCCGUCGUAUACUCUGAUCAUUAAAGAGUAUCACAAUAAAUGUUGUUUUUUAAAAUAAAAUUGUCCUUGCUGAGAGCAUUCACCACAUGACUUAUCUAUUUUGUUCAUCAGCCUGUGAAUCCUUCCACAACUUGAUUAUCUUAUCUACAUAAAAACCAGAACAACAAUAUUUUAAAACUCCAGUAUGGAAAUGGCAACAAACUAAAUUUAAACUUGACAAUUUCUUAACCUUUUACUCCUAUUACUCCUGCUCGAUUCACAUAUGCUUUAGAAUCUUUGCAUAAACACCAUCUGUCCAAAAAAACCAUUGAGGGUAGGUCAAUUUAAAAUUGCAAAACAGAGGUCAGUGAUUAUUUUCAGUUGGGGGUCAGGAAUUGAUUUCAGAAUGAAGGCACUUAGGUGGAGAAAGAAAUUAUGAAUCAGGCACAAUCUCACUAAACAAAAGGACAUGAGCAAAAUAUACCAGUCUUAGUUGUAUGUUCCUGUCCCUGCUUUACAUACGGUAGAGAAAGUGUUAUAAAUGUCUGUUUAUGAUCAGUUGAUAAUUCCCAUAAAAUUACACCCCAUUUCCCCCUACCCUUGUCCCGUGGCAGUAGUUUGAGACUAUUAACAUCAUUGCACUGGCUAGGAGCAACUAAAUCAGCAAAGAAGUGAUCAAAUCUGUGGCUUUUUUCUCAUCUUUACGGCUAAAUACUAUAUACCCUGCAGAACCACCAGCGAAUGUUUACUCUUAAUUUGCAAUGUGUGUAAAUGGGUAGAAAGACAUGACCCCUGUUUUAAACAUAGAACACUACAACCCUUUGGCCCUCGAUGUUGUGCUGACCUUUGAAACAAAACUGAAGCCCAUCUAACCCACACUAUUCCAUUAUCAUCCAUAUGUUUAUCCAAUGACCAUUUAAAUGCCCUUAAACUUGACGAGCAUACUACUAUUGCAGACAGGGCAUUCCAUGCCCUUACUGCUCUGAGUAAAGAACCUACCUCUGACAUCUGUUCUAUAACUAUCACCCCUCAAAUUAAAGCUAUGUUCCUUCAUGCUAGCCAUCUGCAUCUGAGGAAAAAGGCUCUCGCUGUCCAUCGUGUCUAAUCCUCUGAUCAACUUGUAUGUCUCUAUCAGGUCACCUCUUAACCACCUUCUCUCUAAUGAAAACAGCCUUGAGUCCCUCAGCCUUUCCUCACAAGACCUUCUCUCCAUACCAGGCAACAUCCUGGUAAAUCUCCUCUGCACCGUUUCCAAAGCUUCCGCAUCAUUCCUAUAAUGCGGCAACUGGAACUGUACGCAAUACUCCAAGUACGGCCGUACCAGAGUUUUGUACAGCUAUAAACAUGACCUCGUGGCUCUGAAACGCAAUCCUUCUACCAAUAAAACCUAACACACCAUACACCUUCUUAACAACCCUGUCAGCAUGGUUGGCAACUUUCAGGGAUUUAUGUACAUGGAAACCGAGAUCUCUCUGCUCAGCCACGCUACCAAGAAUCUUACCACUAGCCCAGUACUCUGUGUUCCUGUUACUUCUUCCAAAGUGAACCACCUCACACUUUUCUGUAUUAAACUCCAUUUGCCACCUCUCAGCCCAUCUCUGCAGCUUAUCUGUGUCCCUCUGGAACUUGCAACAUUCUUCCACACUAUCCACAACUUCACCGACGUUAGUGUCAUCCACAAAUUUACUAACCCAUCCUGCUAUGCAGUCAUCCAGGUCAUUUAUAAAAUGACAAACAGCAGUGGCCCCAAAACAGAUCCUUGUGGUACACCACUAGUAACUGAACUCCAGGAUGAAUAUUCCCUAACAACCACCACCCUCUGUAUUCUUCCAACUAGCCAAUUUUUGAUCCAAGUUGCUAAAUCACCCUCAAUCCCAUGACUCCGUAUUUUAUGCAAUAGCCCACCAUGGGGAACUUUAUCAAGUGCUUCACCGAAAUCCGUAUACACCACAUAAGCCAUCUUGCCCUCAUCCACUUGUUUAGUCACCUUCUCAAAGAACUCAAUAAGGUUUAUGAGGCACGACCUACCCUUCACAAAACCAUGUUGACUAUCCCUAAUCAAAUUAUUCCUUUCUAGACGAUUAUAAAUCCUAACUCUUAUAAUCCUUUCCAACAUUUUACCCACAAACAAAGUAAGGUUCACUGGUCUGUAAUUACCAGCAUUGUCCCUCCUCCCCUUCUUGAACAAGGGGACAACAUUUGCUAUCCUCCAGUCUUCUGGCACUAUUCCUGAAGAUAAUGACGACAUAAAGAUCAAAGCCAAAGGCUAUGCAAUCUCCUCCCUAGCUUCUCAGAGAAUCCUAGGAUACAUUCCAUCUGGCCCAGGGACUUAUCUAUUUUCACACCUUCCAGAAUUGCUAACACCACCUCCUUGUGAACCUCAAUCCCAUCUAGUCUAAUAGCCUGUAUCUCAGUAUUCUCCUUGACAACAUUGUCUUUUACCUGUGUGAGUACUGACAAAAAAAAAAUUCAUUUAGCAACUCUCCUAUCUCUUCAGACUCCAUGCACAACUUCCCACUACUGUCCUUGACUAGCCCUAAUCUUACUCUAGUCGUUCUUUUGUUCCUGACAUACCUAUAGAAAGCUUUAGGGUUUUCCUUGAUCCUACCUGCCAAAGACUUCUCAAGUGCCCUAACUGAGCCUUCACGCCUCAUCUUUACAUAAGCCUCUGUCUUCCUCUUGACAAGAGAUUCAACUUCUUUAGUAAACCACGGUUCCCUUGUUCGACCACAUCCUCCCUGCUUGAAAGGUACAUGCUUAUCAAGGAUGCGCAUUAGCUGUUCCUUUAACAAGCUUCACAUUUCAGUUGUGCCCAACCCCUGUAGUUUCCUUCCCCAUCCUAUGCAUCCUAAAUCUUGCCUAAUUGCCCCAUAAUUACCUUUCCCCCAGCUAUAACUCUUGCCCUGCAGUAUAUACCUAUCCCUUUCCAUUGUUAAAGUAAACAUAGAAAAGUACAGCACUGUACAGGCCCUUCGGCCCACGAUGUUGUGCCGUGGAAUAAUCCGAAUCCAAAAAUAAAGUAACCUAACCUACAUUCCCCUCAAUUCACUGCUGUCCAUGGGCAUGUCCAGCAGUUGCUUAAAUGUCACUAAUGACUCCACUUCCACGACUACCAGCAGCAAACUAUUCCA